UGCUUAGUCAAUGUGUAGUAUAGUCAAUACUAAUUUAACAUUUUUCAUUAUCGUACAUAUAUAUUAUAUCGUUUUGUCAAAUUAAUAGUUGAUUGUUAUGCAUUUUCUGUAAUUUAUUAUAUUUUUCGAGCUUUAAUUUUUUCUUUGGUUAAUAUUCAAAUGAAUUCAUGUUAGUCAGGAGUCAACUAGCAUUCAUUCGUUCUAUUGGUUUAUACUGGUGUUAAAUGUUCCCUACUAUUAAGUGUAUUUUAUAAUGUGUGUCAUUGAUUUCUAGAAAAGUCUUGAAAUUAAGUUAUUAAAUUUAAACCACUAUGGGUAAAAAAGCACCAAAAAUGAAGAGCAUUACCAAAAGCAAGACGAAGACCCACAAGCAGAAGGUUAAAUCUCAUAAGAAAAACAAAAACAUUUCAAAACCGAAGUAUCGAACAAAACUGCGUUCAGAGAGCCAAGACAAAUUUAAAAAACCAGAGGCACCUCUUACUGACUAUUUGGCACACAAGUCAAAUUACAUUGCUGUACGAUUUAUAUUUGAAUGCGGUAUUAAACUGGGUCUAAAACAUGUAACUAUAUGCUCAGCUGCAGUUUACUUCCAUAAGUUUUAUAAACAUGUUGAUGAAAACACAUAUGACAAUUAUUCCAUAGCUAGUGCAACUUUAUAUUUGGCUAGUAAAGUACAUGAUGAAACCGUCAGACUUCGAGAUUUGAUAAAUGUGUGUUACCACACAUUACACAGAGAUGCAGCUCCAUUGCGUUUAGCUGAAGAUUAUUGGAACUUCCGGGAUUCCAUUGUUCACGCCGAAAUGCUAAUCAUGAGAAUAGUGCAAUUUGACACAACUUUUGAUCAUCCACACAACUAUUUUUUGCACUACGUUCAGACUCUACGUCCAGUUUUUUAUUCAAAACAUGGCAAGGACAUCAUUGUAUUUAAAAAAGCAUAUGAUUUCUUACACGAUUUUUAUCAUAACAGUGAUAUACUCAAGUAUAAGGCACAGCACAUUGCGAUUGCUUGUAUUGAACUAGCAAUCAAAGUUUAUGGCAUUCCAUCUCAAAUAAUUGAUUAUGAAAUUCAACCAUGGUAUCAGCAAUUAUUUGCCAAAAAAACCUUAUUAUAUUGUCUACAAAAUAUGAGCAAAAAUUAAAUGUAUGAAAGAUCAUUGGAAUUUGAGAACAAUUAAUUGACGUGUAUAUUUUAGCUGAUUUUUGAAAGGAUACCAAUCAUUUUGAAGUGAUAUGCCUCUACUGUUUCAACAUAGCAGAGCUGUUGAUAUUUAGUCAUAAUUUAAUUACCAUUGAAUAUACUAUUGACUUAAUAUUAUACAGGGUCAUUUAUUUUAAGGACAUUUUGGUUAACUUUGUUUGAAAAAAUGUUUUAAUAUUUAGGACGUCUUAGGAUAUUGCUUAAAAAUGUUAAAGUCUCAUUAUCCUCGAACGUUCCAAAAGUAAAAAUUAUAAAGUUUGAUAGAAGUGAGAAAGUAUGGUUUUAAGUAUAUUACAAAAAAUACCAGAUUCACAUAUUUUAUGUCUUAUUAUUACAAAUUAAUAAAAUUAAACUGAUACUUCAAAUUUUCUUUAAAAAAUAAAUAAAAUUCAUGAUAUUAAAGACAUACUGUUAUAAUAUGUGAAUCAUCUAAACUUUAUCAAUAGUUCAACAAUGUUUCAUAGUAUAUAUGAGCUAUAUUUAUUAUUUUACAUCUUUUCAAGGCAUUGGUUGAAGAUUUGGACAAGGAUACACUUUGGAAUGCUAUGGCCGCAAUCAUGGACACAUACGAUCUCGAGUUAACUGACUAAAAGCAAUACUAUUUCUUGUAAUUUGUGUUUGUAUUUUGUU